AGCAAAAUGUUGGCCUCAGAAAUUCAUUUUCGAAAUUUGCAAUCAGUUCUGAAAAUGCACAUUUCUUGUGCAGCCAUUAUAGACAUCAAGUACAGUCCUUUUCCCUCUGAGAAGAACACAAUACUAGUUGUUACAGAUGUGGGUUACGUAUCUCUGUUCAGAGAUGCUGGUUCUCACAGGUACCACAAAUCGCAGUGCCACAUGGGCUAUAAACUCCAUAACAACAUUGUGUUUGCAAUCGAAUGGAUCUCGCCAUCUUCUUUUCUUUCAGCUUCUGCUGAUAAAAUGAUAUGCGAGUGGCAACUCUCGAGCGAUAAGAUACAUAAGAAAGCGACGUUUCAAAAACAUUCCAGUGGUGUUAAAUCUUUGUCUAUAUGUCCUGAAAACGAAAGUUGUUUUGUGAGCGGAGGGCGAGAUGGAAAUAUAUUACUGUGGGAUAAAAGAUGUCACAGUUCGGCUAUGGUUGUUUCGAAAGGGGCUGGUAGAAUGCCUAUGCAUCCCACUGGCAAACUCUACAAAGUCCCCUUGGUGUCCAUAUUGAAGGCACACGAGUCUUUUGAGAAUAUAGAACAGAGUCGCAAGAAGGUCAAGACCAACAGCACUAGUGGCUCAGUGGAUAGUCUCAAUGGCAUCACGAGUGUCAAGUGGCUCCACAACAACCAGCUGCUCUCUUGCGCCGCAGCCCACAGUACAGUACUCAUGUGGGACAUUCGAAUGACUCCCAACAUGUCCUCAGCAUGCUCGGACUCCUUCGGGUACUUCGGAUCCUCGACGAAACGAGUCGGUUUCAGCAGCAUAUCUGUCAGUCCGUACGAAGACUAUUUUGUAGUCUCAUGUACCGACUCGAAACUGUACGAGUACAGACUUCUUGGACCUAGGGAGUCAGAGAAGCAAUGUAGUAUUUACAACAAUCCUUCAGGUUGUAGCUAUUUCACAAAAACAGACUUGGAUCCCUUCGGAAGUUACAUAAUAGCUGGUUCUUGUGACAAAAAAGCAUUUAUUUGGCAGCGCGGGCUAAGUGAACCUCUAGCCGAACUGAAGAGCUCCUCGCAUCAUGAAGAAAUGACAUGUGUCGCUUGGAAUAAGUUCGACAGUCAUUGUAUAUCGACUGCAUGUGAGGGAGGUUUGAUGUCAUUAUGGACCAAAGAUUUCAUGUUGAGCAGUCACUUAACUGAAGGCGAGGUACAGACGGGUGAAAUUCAAAUAUUCAAUAAUUUUCCAAAGUCUUUGAAAGGCCAUCGGACGGAUAGUGUUUCAAAAUCCCUCUACAGUAGGAAGUUUGGCAAAGUUCAGACUUAUAAGAACAGGACAGAAAAUUACAAAGUCAAUCAGAUUUCUGUUUCCCCCUUGAAAAGUUCAAAGACUCUUGAUCCUUUCUCGACACCUGCAAAGCCUCAGCCAUGCCUUGGUCUUCGGAACUUACCGGACUACGUAAAGUAUACGCCGAGAACAUCAUCGUUAUCAAUCUUGAAAACUCCAUCAACUUGCCCCGUGGUUUCAAGUCGUUCGAACAUGGGCUUGACUCCAAGUCCAAGAAAACAGUUCCUGUCCAAUUUCAGAUCAGCUUUCAAAACUAGUCCUUACUCUUCGCCGAUUUCGAGGAGAAGAAAGAAAAAUAUAUCGCCUUCUCCACGAAACAUGAAAAGUGCCUUGGCAAUUGGAUCUAAUGGGACAAAUUCGGUUUUUGAUUUUACGCCGUUGAAGACCAACCUGGCCUUGGCAAAUUAUCUGUCUCCUAUUCCAGAAUCUGUUAAGAUACAAUCAAAAGUUGCUACUGCUAGCAUGCAACAAAGUAACUCCACUUCUGCGAAAGAAAAUUUGCAAGUUAAAAGAAAACUUGACCAAUUUUGAUUUAAGUGAGUU